GGAACUCCCUUACUGCCACUGCAAUCCGCCUGCCUCUGUCUGCUGAACCACGGCCAGCUAUCCCAAGGGUUCCCAACCCUAUCGGAUACGUGGGCAUGGCACGUAAUCGUGCUAAUAUUUAGCGUACUUAUCCUUAUGCAUAUGCUUUUCUACGUUGUUGCAGAUAAGGAACAGCCCUUUGCACAGCGCGUUGUCAUGUAGGAACGUUUGGGGGCUAGUCAUUUGCUUCCUGAUAUGGCGCAUCAAGCCGGAAUCCCUGAGCUACAUGGCUACCGCGGAGUUUACUUCAACCGCAAAUCACGACGCUGGCAAGCGGGCAUCGCGGCACACGGAAGGUCCAUUAGUUUGGGCGCAUACGAGGCAGAAGAGGAAGCUGCACGGGUUUAUGACAGGGCAGCAAUACGGAUCCGCGGUCACAAGGCUGCUAUCAACUUCCCGCUGUCCGACUACCUGCUGCCAAGCGGUUCGUUAAUUCUGGACCUUCAGGUGGAGGCGCUAUUGCUCGACGCAUUUCUGGCGCUUGGCAGCCAGGAUGGCAACGUUGCCAGCGGCAGGGGCAGCGCAGGCGGCGCACCUGGAGCUGCAGCGCUGGCGGGCCCUCAGGACACACCGGCAGCUAUCGCGGCAUUUGGGGAUUUGGUACGGCAGUGUUUGAGCCGCAUUAACCGUGCUGACCCGGGGGACCUCCAAGAGGCUGCUGAGGCCCUGGGGCCGGGCUACGUGCGCCUUAUGGCCCUCAUCACGGAGGCCGCUGAGCUCUUGGCGGCGGGAGGCGGCGGGAGCUCGACCCAGAUCGUGGAUCGCAGUGCGGGACACGACGGAGUCGGUGGCCGCAGCAGCGGUGGGGGCGGCAGCGGCAGUGGCGGCGGCGGAGGCUGCAGUGGUAGUGGAGACGCCAGCGCUGCUGGUAGGAGUGGCGCUCAGGCAGGGGCGGCAACAACGGUGGGGGCGGAUGGUCGGAGGCGGACGUCGAGCAGCCAGCAUGAUGGCAGCGGCGGGACCGGCAGCGGGGGGACGGGUAGCGGCGGUGGCGGAGGCAACUGUGUCAACGGUGGCGGCUUCAGCGGUUCUGCCGAGUCUUGCGGUGGGCAGGCCGGGGUCAGGGCGACUGCCGAUGCUGCAGCGGCGAAGGGGGAGACGCUGUUGAGUAGCGGCGGUGGCAGCGGCAGUGGCGCCAGUGGGCAGGAGCUGUUAGGGCGGAACGUAGCUAGGUCGCAAGCGCAGCUACAAGCACAGCAAGCGCCAGGUGAGGCUGCGGCGGAGCUUCUGCAGAUGCGGAAUUCGCGGCCCCGGGAUAACGCACGGCGGGAAGCCAACUCGGGUCCAGUGGGCGCUGAGGACGCCGCCGCCAACAGUGGGGUAUCGCGUGGGGCCGCUGAGAAGAGGCCCCGGAGCAAUACACCGACGCCAGGCAACGAGCGACAGGCGUGUGAGAUAGAGGCGGAAGCUGAACCUGCCGCCGCCGCAGCAGCAGCAGCGGCUAACGCCGACGCUGGGGAUGCAGGAGCUGUGUUGCCGACCCUGCCCUCCAUCCCGCCGAUAGCUACGCCGUCCAUCCUUCCGCCCAACUUCAUGGUGAACAUCUGCAGCCUGUUGGUUGCCCACAUGCAACAAGCGACGGCACAACAACAGCAGGCGGGCGCUGCGGGAACAGCAGCAGCUGCGGAGGGCGGCAUGUCUGCUGUUCCUGUCGUACAGGCGGUACGGCAGUUGCAGGCGUACGGCUUCCAACUGCCUUUACUGCUGCAGUGCGCUUCCCAUUUGGCCACGGUGGGUCUGGUACCCGCUGAGCACCGUCCAGCGCUGCAGGCAUUGGUGCGGUCGUGCGCGCCCCCGCAGGUGGGCGGUGACCAGGGCUCUCGGGAAAACGCAGCGCAGGUCGCAGGCGUGUCUGGGCGGGGUCCGCAGGAGCACCCUAGCGAUGGCAGCGGUGCCGGCAGUGCUGACGACCAACCGCAUGAUCAGGCGAGGAAGCGGGGCUCAUCUUCUGAACUGGCUGCUCCGACCCACAUCGAGGCUGGCAGCAGAGAUGGCGGCGGCGUUAAGCGGAAGGAGGCCGACGGGGCUGCGAUGCCCGUGGGCGGUCGCGGCGCUUCGGGUGGCGGCAGGAGGGAUGGCACUGCUGCUGGCGGCUGCGGCACCGCCGGGGGCGAUGACAGGGGUGCGGAGGGCGCGCAAACAACCAAACGUCAAAAGCUGCCGGCGCUGCCUCACGAGCAGGCCACAGCGCAGCCAGCGGCGCUGGCGGCAAUGGACGUUGUUGAGCUGACCGACGUCGCUGUCAUUGGAGCCGCCUUCAGUGGUAGCUUCGAUCCUGGCGCCUCACUGGCCAUGGCAGCGGCCGCGCUGUCUGGCCCCGUGAAGCCUUCCAGCAUGCCCGCGGCGGCGGCCACCAUGACGGGUGCGGCUGCCCCGGAGCCGCUCACUGGCUCACUUGGGACCGGCAGUGGCAGCGGCCUACUGGGCAGCUCCCCGCAGCACAUCGGCCUGGGCCGGCGGUUGUUCCAAGCCGUCACUAACCAGCUGCCACCCGACUCGGAGCUUGACUGCUUGCUGCCGCCGCGCAACGGCUUCGUGGGGGUGCUCUACACCUCCCCCGCCAGCGCCACCCAGGUGGGGGCCGCCCUGUGGGACGGCGCCACGCUGCGGGACCUGGGCCUGUACAGCAGCGACCGAGACGCGCGUCAGAGCGUCAACAGCUCCUCCAGGCUGCUGGCGGGCACCCUGGCGGCGGCAGCGGCGGCGCAGUCGCCCUCGCUAAGGCACUUGCUUGGCGCCGCCAGCGGCGGUGCCCCCACCGUGGCUGGGCCCCGGGGCUCCUUGCUUGGUCCGUUGGCCUCGGCUCGAGACCUGGGUUCGCUCGGCAGUGGCAGCUUGUUUAGGUCUUCUGGAGGAGGGGCCGGGGCCGGAGGGGGCGGCUGCUGCAGCAUCGCUUCUGGGGGUGUGACGGCUGCUACGGUGCUUCGCUCUGCGCCCUUCCAGCAACAGCAGCAGCAGCUGCUGCUACAACGACCUAGCAGCCGUCUCGGCGCUGCUGCGGCCGCUGCUGGCGGGGGCCUGUUGCCCGGCGCCCCUUCUGCAUCCGCAUCUGGGCCGGCCGGCGUCAUGUCCCUUGCUGCGUCGGGUAGCGUAACGGCGAAUGGUGUGCGGAACCUGCAACACAGGGUGUUCAACGCCUUCGGCGGCGGCGCCAUGGGUGGGGUUGCUGGCGGUGGCGGCAGCAGCGGUACGGCAGCAGCCCCCCGGGACUCUGUACUGCUGCAGACGCUGCCUCAGGAACGUUCCGUGGCAGCGGUGCUAGCGGAGGCGGGCAGCGUGGUGGGCGGCAUUGACGUGGGGAGACUGGGGAUUGCGCCGCCGCCGCCACCACCGCUACAGCCGGUGCCCCGAGGCAAGGCUGCUGCUAUGGGGCCGGCGGAGGUCGCGCUGCCGGGGACGGCAUUUGGAAGGGACUUGGAGGCGGUUGGAUCUUGUACGGUCAAGUCGCCCAUAACAGGGCCUUACCUGCUGUCGCCGCCCGAUGUUUUGCCGGACGGCAGCGUGCACCUGACGUGUCAGAUUGUCGUGCAGCAGGCGGAGGCCCUCUCAGCGCCCGACCUAAACAGCGUCGUAGCCAGGUCGCUCACAUCAGACAAGCUGCGGUCCCUGCUCGGCCCGGCAGCCCUACCGCCGGCCAGCAAAGCCGACGGCUCAGCUGCUGCGUCCGCUCACGCAGCUGCCUGCGCCAUCGUCAUCCCCGUCGCAUCCGCCACGGGGCCCGUCACGCCUGCCGUCACGCCGCCUUUACCUCUAGCAACUGCACCAGCAGAGGAGGCCCAGCAGCAGCAACAGCAGCAACACGUCCUCAAGCUGCGGUACAUGCCGUAUGAUCCCUCCGCGGCUCCAGCAGCAGCAGCAGCAAAAGCGGCGGCGGCGGCCCAUGCAGCCACGGGGACUGCUCGAGAGUCACAAGGAGCGGCCCCCAACAUGACUGCUGCUGUCGUACACAUGACCGCUCCUUCCAUUGUUGCUGCGAGGAAUGGCGGCCCGGCCUCAACUCCCGCCGUCACCGGCGCAGAGCAGGCUGGCGUGCAGCACGCGUCCCAGGGUGGCAAGGGGUCCCACCUGGGAGGCAAGGACGUUGGCCGUGGCUGUGGCUCUGCUGCUCAAGAAGCCAUUGCUGGCAGCAACGAUAACGGCGAUUACCAGGCUGGUACCGGCGCGGCCGGGGAGGGUACUGCCGGUGCAGGUGGAGAGGGCUUGGGCAACCUGACUCACAGGAGGGCCCUGACGGCGAGUCAGAGGGAGCUCAUCCGGCAGGCGCUGACGGCGGCGGCAGCACCAGCUGGCGGCGGGGCAGGCGCGGGCGGCGGAGGCGGAGGCGUUGUGGGAGAGGGUUUCAAGCAACAGAUGCAGGGCUGCUUCAGUGCCAACGGCGCCGGGGGUGGUGGAAAGAGCCGCCGCCGUGAGGGUGAGGCACAGCAGGCAGCAAAUGGCUGCUUGUUACCAGGGCAAGGUGUGACGGGACAGGCGGCGGCGACGGCACCUCGAUACCGUCGCACCAGCAGCAACAGCGGCGGCGACAGUGGGGCCCCUGGGGACCAGCACCCGGUGUUGGCUGGGUGCACCGCCAACACCGGCAGCAGAGGAGCCGCUGCCGCCGGUACGAACGCCCCGACCGGUGGCUUCGUGAAGGACUCUCCCGCAGCCACCACCACCGCUCACGCGGGUGGCAGCACCUGCGCCACGACUGCCGGGCGCCUCCCUGCCAGCGCGGCGGGAGGGGCUGGGGGACGUGGCGGUGUGGCGGCUGGUACGGCGGAGCCCCGGCCUGGGGAGGGUGCGGGGGACGGAGGCAGGGUUGACGUUCUGGGCGGUGCAGAUGCAGCGAGCGAUGAUGGUUCUCGACCUGAGCCUGCACGUGGUGUCGACGGUAGUGCUUAACUCACGGCCUUCGUUAGACGCAGCUGUCUGGGGGUGAGCGGGGGUAGCUAGUCCGCACAGGACUGGAAGAAUUGGAUUGCAUGUAGCUGUCUGGGGAGUGAGGGGUUCUGCUUCGGUGCCAUUGCACCCCCUGGUCAGCUGCCAUCGUAGCUUGGCGUAUGCGAACUCACAGCGAGAAGUCCGUGUGCUAGCCGUGUGGUAGACGCAGAUGAGCUGCAAGGGCAUGGUUGCUGACAAGAGGCAUAUACUGGAAAGUUGGCUUUUAGGUAGUGUCGUGUGGUUCUUUCAUUGCAUUUUUACGUGACAUGGAUUGGAAUCGUGGUGGAUAUCCUUUGCUUUGGGCACGUAGAUGGUAGGCGGCAGUCUGCCGCACGUGCCUAGUUUGUUAUGUCGGCACUUGCUUCGGCCGAACCGUUGCGAUGUGUUCUGAGCUUUCGUUGCUGUGCGACACACGAGGCAUCACACCCUGUUGGGCCUUCAUGGCAGGGCCUGGGGGGGCUCAAGCAGCAUGUCCGUGUCUCAUAUCUCUCAUUGCAUGCCCCAGGCUUCGGAGCGCGCGUGAAGUUCCACUCCUUGGGUCCACUUCACUUUGAUGCACAGUUGGAGAACGACAUGCAGUCAUGCACGGAGCACGGACACUGAGGUCGCGUUGUGCAGUGGGGGUUAGGCUCGGCACCUUUCUUGACUGGAGAAGCACCUGGGAGCCGCGCGAAAUGAUACUCCUGUGAUGGCUAAGGAGGCUUGCGGCAAUCUUUUAUGUUGUGUGUGGAGUGAAAUAAGACCACGUUUGACGAGGUCGAGAGGUGACGACUCCUGUGGCGAAGCACUGUUGUUAAUUGGUAUGAGAGGCGAUGGGAAUGUGUGCUGCGGCUGCGGACUGUUGUGUGCUGGCAGGGACAGCAGUCGUGCAAGGCAUGUGCGAAGAGUUUGUACGGCGCGUUUCUGUGCGCACUUAGCACGUUUAGCGGGGGAUAGAAGCCGGCCUGGUGUAGCAGAGCAUCCAUGAGGGACUUAAGGUGCUCGCCCGAAUAGGGCCUAUAUUACGUUUACGGUACGUGUAAGCCGGUAGCUGUGGUGGUUAUUCAUGUGACGCGCGUGGAAGCAGGUCGCUGUGUGUUUUAAUGCUGCACGCCGUACAUGCGUAUGUUUGGUGCUUUUGUUUGUGGACUGAGGUUAGUGCCUGUGUCUGUGAGAUACCCAGAGACACGCGGCUGCACCGGUAGACACCGUUAGGCACCCUGGCCUGGCAAGAAGCUGCUAACGUGUUUUUUCACGCGCUGUUGGGCCCGCGGGUUGGAUUGCUGCACUGCACUUGCAGGACCGAGCUGCAACUCAAUGUCUCCACUUGACAUCCUUGGAAACCCGCCGCCAUAACACCUCCGCUAGUACAUGGACGUGCAGGUGGUGGAAAGAGCUGUCAUGGUUUGGAUGCAACAUGCGUUGGAAGCGGCUCCACGGGCAAUGCCUACAGUAGCUGCGGGAACUGCUUUCCUUCUACACCAACUUUGCUUGGUUGGCAAGGGGGUGACCCGUGGACCUCGGUGGGCGAAGCACUUUCAAUCAGACUGCAGUAGUAAGAGCGCCUUGCCUGUGCGGCGUAAGCUACACCCCAAACCUGUCCCAAAUACACAAAGGAAGAAAGGAGUCCUCGUAUGGAGUGGCGGUGUACACCGCUAUGGUUCAUGGGGUUGUGCGGUAGGGCGGAGGGCCCUACACCAUACCAUGUACGCCCGAACCGCCUGAUCACGGAGUUCUUAG